GAAGUUUACGCAAGUGAAUGGGGUGGGAGGCUCAGCCAGUGGUGAUUUUAUGCAUCUGUUGUACCACUUAAAGUCAUAGAGGUCUUUUAUAGUAUACAAAUACACACACAUAUAGGACAUUUAAAGCACUGAUAACUGUGAGCACGGGAGAACUUGAAAUAUUUGGGGGUAAGAAUGUCAUUUUGUGGGUAUAUCUUCACAGCUUUAAUCAUCAUUCUGCAGCAUUUUUGUGCUGCAGGACAGCCCUCUGUCCUAGAAGCUCCUACCUUGACCCAGGUAGCUGUGAGAGGUUCAUCUGUUGAGUUGUUGUGCCAGGCCCCUCAGGGUUAUGGUGGUCUGAUAUUUAAACUCUUCAGAUUACGAAAGCUAAUAGACACUAUACAGCAUUCAACUGAACAGCGAGAGGCUCGCUUUGUUCUUUGGGGAAAAGACAUGGACAGCAAUAAUACUUGGUACUGUUGUCAGUACCAGAACAGCAUGUACAGUUCUUACAUGGAACCAAAAGUUUCCAUCUCGCCACCUACAUCCCCUCAUUUGGUGGUGGAGCCCUCUAGUGGUCAUAUAAUGCCUGGUCAGACAAUGUCAUUCCACUGUCAGGCUCCACAUGUCCCUGAAAAGGAGCUCCCAGAGGCUUUCCUUUUGCUCAAGAGGGCCAGAGGAACCUCGGGCACCAUGGUGGCUCCAGCCAAGCUUGUGUCCCAGUCCCAUCAGUCUCACUUCACUGUGAGGACAAUGGGAAGGGAGGACGGUGGGGAGUACAUCUGCCUCUACCAACUCACGCUUCCAAAAAUGGGACAAGUGAACUCUACAGCCAGUCAGCCUGUUCACAUUACUGUGAAAGAGCUCCCAGUCCCCACUCUGUCAAUAUCCAGACACGGGAGUGAAGUUUUGGAGUGUGUGGGGUCACCCUCAUAUCCACAAGCCUUCUUCUCUUUAUUUUGUGUGGGCACCCUGUCACCUCAAGCAACCCAUCAGGCUUCCUUGACCCAACACAGUGCAAGAUUUCCCAUACCCACCCGGUAUGAACACGGCACACUGUUUCAAUGUCAGUACAGUGUGCAACUGGGCAACUCCUGGGCAUAUUCUAAAAUGAGCACCCCAGUGACACUCCCAUGCAUUAAAGGUCAUCACUUAUGCAUGCCAUCCCCUGCAGGCAACACAGGGAACACAGACCUGGCACUCAUUGUUGGCUCUGUGUCUGCGGGUGUUCUGUUUCUCAUGGUGGUGUCACUCCUGAGCUUUGCCGUACACAGACACGUAAAAGCUAUGGCAGAGAGGCGGCGGCAAAGAGAACAAGAGAAAUUUUGGCAACAUGUUCACUCCAGAGAUCAUAUUGUUGACCUCACACUGCAGCGUGUUGACAUUGGAUCUGAGGACUUUGGACGAACCUUUAGAGGAAGAGCCUCUGUCUCAGAGCCCAUCUACAACUGCCCCGACAACCUUCACUAACCCCACCGUUUGCUAAUGAUCUAUGUCAUUUGUGGAUAUUUUACUCUGUAUACUGUGCUGUUCGUUUAAAACCCAACAUUUUGUAUAUUUGUAAAAUAAUGAGUAAGAAAUUGUUUACUGUAGUUCUUAUAUUUGUUGUCGUACUCCCUCCCCCAUCUAUCCAUCCAUCAACCUACCUACCUUUCUCAUUUAUAGAUGUUUCAUUCUGUAUGCUAUGCUGUUUAUUCAAAAGCUGCAACAUUUUCUUUAUUUAUAAAUUAAUAAAUGACCAAUUGUA